UAAACCUCAGCAGCGCGACUUUUUGAAAUGGUUUUAUUUGUCUCACUCUUUCUCUCAAAGACAUAUUUCCUUGCGACUCGCACAGAUAACGUAACACAGCUACGAGUAAUCUAUUUUACAUUUCCGAAAUGCCGUAACCACGACGCCGUAACGACGUGACGACGUAGCGUAGCAGACGACAGCUUCUGUACCUUGUGCGCCAUUGCCGCAGCCAUAAAAGCGAGGCACGAUCUGAUUUAGCAGAGUUAGUGUAUAGAUUACAGCAACAGUGAAAUUUAGUCGUUGAUUGAACGUUAAACCGUUCUGACAAAAUGAGUCAAAUAGGCAAGGAGCGCCGCGACGAGCACCCGCAAGAAGCCAGCCAGGAUGACACUUCCUACGAUGCUGAAAUGGCUUCGCUAGUUCAGGACCCGAACUUCCGUCAACAAGAAGGAUCUGCUCAGGUUGGCAGAGACAAGGAGCCCAGCAGUGACGUUGACAGGAUCUGCGAAGAAGUCAGAAAAAUUUUGAGCGAGAUUAAACAGCAGACUGACAUCGAGGAGCUGUACCUGUCCGGCAUACAGGAAACCGUUGGCGCACAGGUUGCAGAGGCGGUGGACGAGUUCGUAAAGUCUGCGAGAAGGUACUUCGACUACAAAAGAAAAACAGUCUUCGACAUCGUGUCGGAGAUCAACGGCGCCCUGCAGAGAAUUGCUGAACACGACAAGAUGCGAGACACCGUCAAAGACGCGAUGGAGGCCACUUGGAACGCACUGGCGUGAACGAGGCUUUGGUACAUUUGCGUUGUCGGAUAAAGCAAACGGCACGAUAAUAAAGGCUUUCUCUUAA